CCCCUCGGCGUGGGGGCCGCGCGGAGCUGGGGCGCGACGAGGCGCACUCGGCCCGGCGCGCAGUUCCCACUGCCGGCGCCUGCGGGCUGCAGCUCUCGCGGUGUCGCCUGGCGGGCCCGGCCUGGCCGCCUCUGGAGCCGCCUUUGCCCGCGGAUGGGCUGGGGACGUAGGGAGGAGCGAACCGGAUCCCGCGCUGGGCGCGUCCAGACGCUGCCUGACUUGGUGCCCGCAGUGCGGGCGGAGCGCGCCGGCUGCAGGAGCACGGAUGCCCCCAGGAGCCGAGGGCUGGCAGGUCUUGGGUCCUGAGGCUGCCGGCAGACUAUGGGUACAACGGCCAGCACGGCCCAGCAGACGGUGUCGGCGGCGGCUGCCUUUGAGAGCCUCCCAGGCUCCGUGGGUGCAAUGGACGGUCGACAUUCACUCAGCGUUCACUCCUUCCAGACCACCAGCUUGCACAACAGCAAGGCCAAGUCCAUCAUCCCCAACAAGGUGGCCCCCGUCGUGAUCACGUACAACUGCAAGGAGGAGUUCCAGAUCCACGACGAACCACUCAAGGCUCACUACACCAUGGGCCGGCUCUCGGACGCCACCCCCGAGCACUACCUGGUGCAGGGCCGCUACUUCCUGGUGCGGGAUGUUACUGAGAAGACGGACACACUGGGCACCUUGGGGAGCUGUGGUGCCCCCAACUUCCGACAGGCACGGGGCAGUCUCGCUGUGUUUGGCAUGGGACAGCCCAGCAUGUUGGGCUUCAGACAGGUGCUCCAGAAACUCCAGAAGGAUGGGCACAAGGAGUGUAUCAUCUUCUGCGUGCGGGAGGAGCCGGUGCUGUUCCUGCGUGCCAAGGAGGACUUUGUGCCCUACACACCUCGGGACAAGCAGAGCCUGCCCCACAACCUCCAGGGCCUUGGCCCUGGGGUCCCUGCUGAGAGCCUGGAGCUGGCCAUCCGCAAAGAGAUCCACGACUUUGCCCGACUGAGUGAGAAUACAUACCACGUGUACCAUGACACGGAGGACCUGCGGGGUGAGCCCCACACCGUGGCCAUCCGGGGGGAGGACGACGUGCAUGUGCCUGAGGAGGUGUACAAGCGGCCGCUCUUCCUGCAGCCCAGCUACAGGUACCACCGGCUGCCCCUGCCAGAGCAAGGAGCCCCUCUGGAAGCUCAGUUGGAUGCCUUUGUCCAUGUCCUGCGGGAGACCCCCAGCCUGCUGCCGCUCCGUGAUACCCACGGGCCGCCCCCUGCCCUCCUCUUCAGCUGUCAGACGGGUGUGGACAGAGCUAGCCUGGGCAUGGUCCUGGGGACACUCAUCCUCCUUCACCGUAGCGGGACCACCUCUCAGCCAGAGGCCGCCCGGCCGCUGCCCAUGGAGCAGUUCGAGGUGAUCCAGAGCUUCCUUCGAGUGGUGCCGCAGGGCCGGAAAAUGGUGGAGGAGGUGGACCAAGCCAUCAGUGCAUGUGCAGAGCUGCAGGACCUGAAGGAAGUAGUCUUGAAAAACCAGAGGGAGCUGGACAGCGCUGGGCCUGAGGAAAGCGGCCGCCGGCACAGUGUCUGGCAGAGGGCGCUGCAGAGCCUGGAGCGAUACUUCUACCUGCUGCUGUUUAACUACUACCUUCAUGAUCAGUACCCGCUGGCCCUCGCCCUCAGUUUCAGCCGCUGGCUGUGUGCCCACCCUGAGCUGUGCCGCCUGCCUGUGACACCAAGCCUGGCGGGGCCCAUGUCCCCUGGAGAUCUCAUUGCCAAGGGUUCCCUGGGAGCAGACGAUCUUGUGUCCCCGGACGCCCUCAGCACCAUCCGGGAGAUGGACGUGGCCAACUUCCGACGGGUGCCCCGGCUGUCCAUCUAUGGCAUGGCCCAGCCCAGCACCAAGGCCCUGGGCAGCAUCCUGGCCUAUCUGACGGAUGCCAAGCGGAAGCUGCGGCAGGUGGUCUGGGUGAACCUGAGGCCGGAGGCUGUGCUGGAGUGUGACGGGCACACUCACAGCCUAUGGCUGCCUGGGCCGCCCCUGGGCCCUGCCCAGCUGGAGGCCCUGGAGAUGCAGCUGAAGGCCCAGCUAGGCCUGCCUGCCCCUUCCACCAAGGGCCCAACUAGUGCCCGGUUCCAGACGUGCCUGACCAUGCAGGAGGUCUUCAGCCAGCAGCGUGUCACCUGCCCUGGUCUCAACUACCACCGUGUGCCUUUGCCUGACUUCUGUGCCCCACAGGAAGAGGACUUUGACCGGCUGCUGCAGGCCCUGCAGGCUGCCCUAGCCAAGGACCCCGGCAGCGGCUUUGUGUUCAGCUGCCUCAGCGGCCAGGGCCGGACCACGAUGGCCAUGGUGGUAGCCGUGCUGGUCUUCUGGCACAUCCAAGGUUUCUGCGAGGUGGGUGAGGAGGAAUUUGUGAGUGUGCCCGAUGCCAAGUUCACCAAGGGCGAGUUUCAGGUGGUGAUGAAGGUGGUGCAGCUGCUGCCUGAGGGACUCCGCGUGAAGAAGGAGGUGGAUGCGGCGCUGGACACGGUCAGCGAGACCAUGACGCCCAUGCACUACCACCUGCGGGAGAUCAUCAUCUGUACCUACCGCCAGGCCAAGGCCGCCCGAGAGGAGCAGGAGGCAUGGAGGCUACGGCUGCGGAGCCUGCAGUACCUGGAGCGCUACGUGUACCUGAUUCUCUUCAAUGCCUACCUUCACCUGGAGAAGGCAGCCUCUUGGCAGAGACCCUUCAGUACCUGGAUGCGGGAGGUGGCAGCCAGUGCAGGAGUCUAUGAGCUGCUCAACCAGCUGGGCUUCCCCGAGCUGGAGGGCGGCGAGGACCAGCCCUGCUCCAGGCUGCGCUACCGAUGGCAGCAGUGGCCUGACAGCCCGGAGCCCUCGGCCACUGGGGACUUCCUGUAGGGAUGGUGCUUCUUUCCAGCUUCCCCUGGCAGGGCCCCAUGCAAACCUGGAGGUGUCCAACAGGUCCUGUACUGCCUCCUCUUCCUGGAGCGACUGGGAUGGGCUGGGUAGCCUGUGUGGAAAGAGCUCUAUGUGAGACACUUAGCACAGCAUGUGGUCAGCCUCCAGGGGCACCCUCCCCAAAUUACCAUACACAGUGUCCCAGUCUGCAGCCCCCCACCAGUGUCGGUUCCCUUCCCUUGAUCCCUCUGGCUGUUCUGUCCAUUGCCUCUUGCCUGCCCUCCCUCCCCAUCCUCA